AAAAAACUUAUAGACCAUCUUUCAAAAAUUAAACAAAAAUUUUAUACUUAGAGGUCAGGACCAGUCGCUUCCUUUUAAUAAUCUUUUCUCACAACCGGAGUAUUAUAACCUAUAAAAUUUUAUUAUUUUUCUAACACUUCGAAAACACGACUGUAUUAUUACAAAAAGAUGUCCUCGAGGCAAGGAUUUAAAUUUGUUCCCAAGCUUCUAAAUGUUGACAGGAACAAAGGUCAACAAGCAAAGAGGAAAAAAUUUACUCUAGUAUUUGAUGAAGAAAAACGAAAAGAAUUUUUAACUGGAUUUCGGAAAAGAAAACUUCAACGAAUACAAAAAGCAAAAGAAGAAUUCGAAGCUCAAUGUAAGGAAGAAAAAAAACGAAUUAGAAGAGAAGCAAAAGAAAAUUUAAAGAAACUAGUAUCCCAACGUGACAUACCUGAGUUAGAAGAACUGGUCGCUCAAACUGAACAUAAAUAUGAAAUGCAGGGAAAAACAGUUAGUAUAUUGGAAUUGGAUGUAAAUCAAUUGAGACAAAGUGAUAAUUGGAUAGGAGAAAAUAAGCCAACUUAUGAAAAAGAUGUAGUUGAUAAUGAUGAUAGUGAUGAUGAAGAAUCUACUACGGUCCCCGGUAUGGAACUUAAAACUAAACCUAAAUUUGUUGAGGAACAAAGUGAUGGGUUACAUCUAACGAAAAAAGAAUUAUCGCGAGUAGUACAAAAAGAAACGUUACAAAAAAUGAAAAAAAAUGUAAUAUUUCAACGAAAACAAAAAAUACUUCGAUCUAAAAACAGAAAAAUCGCAAUAAAAGAGAAAAUUAGAAAACAACGCUUAAGCGAGCGCGUAAAAGGCAAGCCCGUAAAAGGUAAAAAAAAGAACAAAAAAUCCUCGCGAAGUAAAGAAUAAAUUGUAAUUAUUUUAUAUUUAUAUUUUGUAUAAAAAAAUAAAUAUUAAUCAAGUGUA